AUGCCCCUAAGACCCCAAUCCAUUGCGCAUUUCCCCCCUCGAGGGCCCAACAUGGGGGCCUCCCGUUCGACCUCACCACUCCCGCCGAGACCCGUCUCCCUCGCUGUUCCAGUCUCGGGCAAGCCCACGAUAAAAAACAACACCAACAACCAAAGGUCGCCUUCUCCGUCUCCCUCCUCCAGGCCCAAACCAGUGUCGUUGCCGUCGCCACAACCUCUCGAUUCCGACCAAGAUCCCGUACGAGGCGCCAGAAAAGCAAGGAAACCACCGCCUGCGGCAAUUGUGACCACCACCAUCACCCCUUCCGGAGCGCGAACAGCACACAUCUCGACCUCUUCCCGACCAACAAGCGGAAGCCACCGAUCAAGCACUACUGUUAUUAGCAGUAGCAGCAAAGCCAGCAGCAGCAGCACCGUCGGAAAGAGCUCCUCCGCCGCUACCAAACCCUCAAGCUCAACUCCAACCCCAACUCCCUCCUCCGCACCAGCCGCCCUCGCAUUUGCAGCUGCAUCUCCUGCCGGCGCACAGGCGACCCCGACUUCCACCUCGUCCCGGAACUCCCCCAUCAUCAAAGGCCGCACAAGUCAACAUGGUGCGGCAGCGCACUCGAACCUAAAAUCAGGAAUGGACAGAUCGUCGAACGCGCAGUCGCCGACCGUCGCCAGAAUGCCCUACGAUCGGGCAUCAACCACAACCACCCGACAGCCCCAGACGGCCUCGGUCGCAAGAGGCCUCAACAAGGCACCCCUUACUCCAAAGGUCACCACCACCGCCCGAGUCUCGACCGCAUCCACCGUCUCAACCACCUCAACAAGGCGAAGGCCCGAGUCGGUAAUAAGCAGCACCAGCACCCGGGACAGAGAACAUGUCGUGUCGCCAGUGCCGUCUUACUUGACGGGCAACGUUACUCCGAGAACCGCGUCCAGACCAACUCGUGUCAACAGCAACACUACCACUCCUCUCGGCACUCCCAGCCUCGACCGGAACGACCAGUGGGAUACGCGAUCGAGCUUGUCUAUAACCUCGCAAACCGCGGACGACCCCCGACGACCCAUUGUUACCUUCAGCCCAGCUUCCGAUGUAGGGGGGCCUAGACAAGAUCCCGACUCAAAAUUCUUCUAUGCCUCCGAGGCCACACCAAGAUCACCAGCCCAGGGGAGACCUCCCGUGCUCCAACAGACCAAGUCCUCAUCUUUCUUCUACGUAAAUGGAGGCACAAUACCGCCAAAGGAGAACCCGGGUCCGGCCUCCCCUUCUCCUUCCCUGGGAGCGCCAUUCCAGCAACAGGACAAACUCCUGAGCAAGUUUGUUUACGCCAACGGCGCAUCUGACCCGGAGCCUCCGGUGAAAACCCGGUCAAGACCUUCGUCGGUAAUAUCAACAGCGUCCAGGGCAACAUCGAACAGGCCCCCAAGUGUUCUUUCACAGACUCACUAUCCUAACAAACCCACAUCACCCAUCAAGCUAACGCCUCAGACAUCUGGAAGGAGUGGGAGUAUGUCGGCUAUGAAUUCGCCUCGAUCCCCUGUCACGGCUAGCGCUUCUCUAAGUCGUGAGACCGUAAAACGCAAGUCCCUGAGUGACCAGCCCGGCACGGCGCCUCUUAACGGGCAGUCAACAAAACGAAAAUCUCUCAACGAACUUCCCUCUCGACCUGUUAGUGGAUCGAUGCCCAGUCGCCCCAGCAGCCUAGUUAUGGCCGAACCACCAGCAGUAGCUAGGGUCAUGACGCCGUACAGCUCUCGGCCUCCUUCGGAAGCACCAUCGCCUUCAGUACUGUCCGUACCCGCUCCGUUCAGCUCCUUGUCUGAAAAUAUGGCAUCUGGUGGAUUCGCCUCACUCCUUGCCGCUGCCGAAGACUUCGUCGCCGAGGAAAGUGAGGAGGACGAAGUAGAUGGGGAAGAGAGUGGAGGAGAUGGGGAACCCAGGCGAGGCUCAGUAAGCAGUCCAUCGAAAUCAUCUCCGCAAGACAAGGAGAUAUCAGACCUUGUUGCAAACGCGCGACGGGAGCGGAAGGUCCAGGAUUUGCAGAUUACGAACGCGAGUCUAGAGGCGAUUAACCGCACCCUAGAAAGGCAACUGCGAAAACAGACGGCCGAGCUUCGGGCCUACAAGCGCUUGUCCCGCUCGGGGCGGUUAAGUGUCGGGCCCGCCCUAGUCGCAUCUCCCGCUGAUGCAGGGCUUUUGGCUGGGGCUGAUCUGGACGCUCUCAGCGAAGAAGGCAGCGAGCUAGGAGCGGAAGACGGAGAACGGGAUUCACUGGCGGAGGAGUUGGAAGAUGAAGAUGACGACCUCUCGGGAUCGGAGGAUUCCGCUGACAUGACGCCGGCCACGAAAGCGCUCCGUGAUGCUGAACGACGGGAAAAGGACGAAGAGAGGUUACGGCUGGAUCUGUCCAAGCAUCAGCAGUUGCUGUCAGACAGCCAAAAGAUCAACCAGAGUCUGAAACGGUGUUUGGGUUGGACAGAAGAGCUGAUAAAGGAAGGGAAGCGUGCGCUGGCGUACCAGGUGAAGGCAAGCGAGGUCGAGAUUGGUGGGCGGGUCCUUGCCCCUGAAGAGGUAGAGGCUCGGGAGGCCCGGGAAAGGGAAGAAGAAGCCGCCGGCGAGGACGACACGGAUACCGUCAACGAUACCAUCAACGAUACCGACCUCGAGGAAACCGACAAUGAGAGUAUUUUCACGCCGGAGCCCGGCGUUCUCAUGCCGCGACUGGCGGCCAAGUUUAUCAACGAACAGAACGGACAACAGCAGUCCUGGGCGGGGAAACAGACGCAAGAUAGGGACAGCGGAAUUGAGUUACAACCCACGGAUGGCGGGUGA